AUGCUCUCCACUCCGAAAACCUCCGCACAGCAGCAACUUGAUCAACUCCUUCAUUCUCAUUCAAACGCUCUAUUGGAUUGUAUCGUUGCUAUCUACAAAGACGCCAAAGCUCUUCCAGAAAUACCAUCCUUUUUGAAACAAUUUGAACCCAUCUACAAUGAUAUUGCUCGGUUACGAAUCAACAAGGAUGAUUUUGAACAUAUACGUCCCUUGGCAAGAGGUCAAUUUGCACAGGUAUCGAUCGUCCGCAGUCGACUGGAUAACCAGAUUUACGCCAUGAAAACAUUGAACAAACGCCAUAUGCUUGCACAACGCGAGCGUGCAUCUUUUAUGGAGGAGCGGACCGUAUUAUCACAAGCUAACACUGAAUGGAUCCCAAGUUUACAUGCUGCCUUUCAAGACGAUGAUCAUCUAUAUCUUGUCAUGGAAUACGCUGGUGGUGGUGAUCUAUUUAGCGUACUGGAUCGUAAAGAGACAUUGUGCUUGAAUGAAAAGGAAGCGCGCUUUUACAUCGCCGAGACCAUCCUUGCUGUUGAUAGCCUGCAUCAACUAGGUUACCUCCAUCGCGACAUUAAACCACAAAACAUCUUGAUUGACAGCACGGGCCACGUAAAACUCGCUGACUUUGGAUCUUGUAUUGCAAUGAAGAGUGUCACCAGCACCAGUAGCAACAACAACAGCAACAAAGAAAUGCUCUUACCCGUCGGCACUUGCGAUUAUGUGUCACCCGAGGUGUUACAAUGUGCAUCAACGUAUGGUACAGAGGUCGAUUGGUGGUCUGUGGGCAUCGUAUUAUAUGAAGCUUUGCAACAAAAUCCACCCUUUCACAGCGACAAGAGUGAAAAAGACACCUAUCUCAACAUCAUGUUCCACAAAUCAAUCGAAUUUCCACGUCCCGUGUCCCCUGCAUGUCGUGAUCUCAUUCUCAGGUUGUUGUCGAAACGUGAGACGAGACCCAAAAAAGUAGAGGAAAUCAAGGCACAUCCCUUCUUCAAUGGCAUCGAUUGGGACCAUUUACGCAAAAGCACUCCACCAUUUCGACCAACGCUUGCUUCUCCUGACGACACAUCGAACUUUUCUGUAUUGGAUGACGACAACAACAACAACGAUCAUGAUGACAUAAUAUGGAAGAAUGCAACUGGUGUUGACCAUAUCAAUCACCUGCCCUUUAUUGGAUUCUCAUAUCAGCCCAACAAACAACAAUCAACAAACAAGAAAUCCGCCACUUUAGAACUUGAACGAGCGAUGGAACAGAUGGAAACCCGGAUAAAACGAUUACCAUUGAAGGCAAGUGGAAAAGUGAAAAAGGAAUGCAUUACGUAG